AUGGAGACGCAUUACCCGAGUUUUCUUCAAAACGUCACUGUCCAUGGAAAUAGUCAGGAUCUCUUACUGGUAAACGAGAUUGUCGAUAUCUUGCUGGGUCUAAAAAUUUGGCAGGGACUCCUGCUGUUUGCGUGUUCUUUCUGGAGUGUCACAACAUUGUUCACGCGAGGGAGUAUUACAGUUGCCAAUGCCCCCGUACAUGGUUAUCGAUCAUGGUUCGAGCCCACCUGGCUCUUCAAAUUGAGAUACGCGCGCGAUGCCCACAAGAUUAUCGCAAGCGGCUACAAGAAGUACAACACUGCCGACAAACCUUUUGUCCUUCGACGCCAGGAUCAUGAUGUUACUAUUCUUCCAAAUAAAUAUGUGUCGGAACUUCGGUCGAUUCCAAACUCAAAACUGAGCCGAGGAAAAGCCAAUGCCAUGGAAUGGGGUGAUCAAUGGGCGAUGAAGACAAUGUGGAGCCAUUCAGAACUGCCGAUCCGGGCCAUAGGUGACAAUAGAAACGGCCGAUUGGCACGAUAUCUUGAAUCUAUGAGAAAAGAAUUCGAUUACGCUUACGAGGUUGAGAUGCCUCAAGUGGAUGAUUGGACAGAAGUUGACAUUCAACAUAUCAUACGCAUGAUCUUGGUGCGCAUCAUCGGCAAGAUGAUAAUUGGUAACCCUGCAUGUCGCACUCCAGAAUGGCUGGAGAUGGGGGAGCACUUCACGGAAGACUUCGUCGCAGCAUCUAUCAUCAUGAGGCUACUACCGCCGUGGCUCCAUCCUCUGUUCACGAAUCUGAUUCCACAGAGGUGGAGGCUCAGACGGAGACUUCGAGAAGCCAGAAAGAUUGUGGAGCCCGCCAUCGCCAGACACCAGCAAGCAGUAAACAAGAAAACUACAGAACUAGAUUUCGAUGAGGAAGACAGCAUGAUGAGCUGGAUGAUGGAAAAUGGCGAAGACAAGGAUUAUGUCUUGUCUAACAUGGCGACGCUCGUGUUGGUCAUUCUUGUUCCUGCAGCGCACACUACGGCCAUGGCGAUUUCCAACAUCCUGUUCGAUUUAUGCGUCCAUCCUGAGUGGGAUACGGAAUUAAGGAAAGAGAUCCGUAAUGUCACCACCGAACUUGGCCCCAUUGGAAAACCAACAGCUGUAAAGGAUUGGGUUUCAAGGCUGGAGCUACUCGACAGCUUCUUCAACGAGAGUCAGAGGCUCAGCCAACCAAUAUCGAUCACUCCCAAUCGCUACGCGACAGAGUCUUUCACAUUUUCCGACGGUCUUCAUGUUCCAAAGGGCGCGUUGAUUGGGUGGGUGGGUAUACACAACCAGAUUGACCCCGAUAUCACCCCUGAUCCGAAGCAUUUUGAUCCAACGAGAAGUUAUCGUAAGAGGCAUUCUUCUCUAGAUGAGGAAACUAAGCAUCUUGCUGGACAACCUAGCAGAGAGAACCUCAGCUUUGGGUAUGGGAGUCAAGCUUGCCCCGGAAGACACAUUGCAGUCAGCGUGGUCAAGAUGGUUGUUUCGAGACUGCUUCUGGACUAUGAGUUCAAGUCCUCUGGAGAGAAAGAUAAGCCGAAGAGUAUUCAUUUGCUGGAAUUUAUCUUCCCCGAUCCAGCAGCGAAGCUUAUGAUGCGGAAGAGGCAAGCUAUGUAG